AUGGUGCACGACAAACCACCUGCAGCUGAAUGCAAGACCAAGACCAACACCAAGGAGAUGGGUGUGGAUAAUAAUCUGGACUACCGAAGUGACGUCAGCGUGGGUUUUUUGGGCGGUGACGUCAGCAGCGUUGUUGCAGAGUCACUGCGAUUCGACUGUAAACAAGCUGAAGGAGGAAAAUAUUUAAUUAAAGGAGCAGGUCGUGUUUGCAGCCUUAGCUUAGCCUCAGGGGCCUUUAGGAGAGAAACGCCUUUUUAUUCCUCUGGUAGAUAUUUCUACUCAACAACCAGGACACCUUUCACCCUGGGUGGCUGGUCAGAGCGGGCCUCCUCCCACCAUGAGGCAGGAGGGAAGGACUGCGAGGAGGAAACGCUGCAGACGGCCUUCAAGAAGCUGAGAGUCGACGCCGAGAGCGUUCCCGGAGCAGCGAGCGUUCCCGAGGCGUUGGCUCCCCGAGCGUCUCGAGCGAGUCUCGACGACACCGGCGGAGCGAAGCCUAAACUCAGCUGCCCCAAAGACAACUGGCACGGCUGCAUGAGGAAAACAUCUCGAGGAGCAUCCAGAACGCAGCGCCGUCGGAGGUCCAAGUCUCCGAUCCUCCACCCGCCCAAGUUCACCUACUGCAGCGCCUCCUCGGCCUCGGCGCUGUCGCCCCCUAGUGUCUGCCUGAAGCACCAGCGGCUGGCCGUGCCCGAGCCGGCGGAGCCUCGCCCCGUAGCAGACGGGAGAACCGCCUCCUCCGCCGCCUCCUCCGAGCUCUCCGCCUCGGGCCACAUCUCCCCCGUCGUGUUUGGAGCUGACGCUGCCGUCUCCUCGCCGUCGUUACAGGAGAUCUCCGCCGCCGCCGCCGUGAUGUCACCCAGGCCGGACGGAGACGUGCGGUCGAGUGAGGAGAACGGCGCCGAGAAAAGCGAGGGAGGGGAACUCGGAGCGGGAGCGGAAGCCGCCGACUUCCGAGCUUUGUCCGAGCUGCACAGCGGCGGCUCGGCGGACGGCGCCCUCGUCCCCUGCUCCUCCUGCGCUCAGAGGAGUCGCUCCGAUUCCCCGAGAGGCCCGGAGGAGAGCGCGCAGCAGGCGGCCGAGUCUCCGUGCCAGUGCCGGCCUCACGGCCUCGGCUGGAACGGCGUGGAGGUGUACUCCUUCACGGGGCUCCGCAACGUCAUCUCAGAGUGCGAGAGGAGCCUGCCGAGCCACGACGCCUCCAGAACUCUGAGCGCCGCCGCCGCCGCCGCUUCCUCGCCUUCGUCAUCGUCGUCGUCGCUGUCGUCCGGCUCUCCUCGCUCGUGUUCGGAGCAGGCGCGAGCUUACGUCGAUGACAUCACAAUAGAGGACCUUUCUGGCUACAUGGAGUAUUAUCUAUACAUCCCCAAGAAGAUGUCACACAUGGCGGAGAUGAUGUACACUUAAAUAAAUAUUAUUAUCAUUAUUAUUAUUAUUAUUAUAUCGAAUAAGGAAAUAAGACGAUAAAGAGGGUUUUUUUUCUGUUGCUGACGGAGAACGCGUCCUCAGAGGAAUGUCAGUAGACGUAGACGAAUGAAUCAGGCAUGAAAGUUGUAAUUUAAAUAUACAACGUUAACUGAUUUGUAACCCAGGUUGAGAUGUUUCCAUUUCCCUGCCCUCUGUUUAAACCCUCCCCUCAUUUUACUGAAACCGACAGAAACACAAGACCGCCAACGAUUUCUCAUUAGUUCAGACC